CGCUCGUCUGCCAGUGAUAACCUCUUACGUGAUAAGGGUCGGAUCUCUCAUUUUUACCGUUCGCCAACUUCUUUCGCAAGGAAGGAGCCAUUCAAAUUCUCCGCUCAGAUCACGAGUUGAACAAAGCUAGUCGGCGUUAGGUAGGUAAUCGCACUACAUUGGCGACGCCGAUAGUUAUGUUUGUGUAGUUUGAGGAAAUCAGAAAGCUAACAAAUAGUGAGGGCGAGUAUGGCAAUAUUCAUCAUGACGGGAUGCAACACUAUUAAAGUGGUGUUAUUGUUGUUGAUAGUAUUUCCCUGUAGUUGCUUGUUGUCGUCCGUUUGCCAGAUUUCUAAGUCUGAGACAACGGAUCGAGUCGUAAGUCACUUCAAAGUCGACGGUACAGCUGAUAACAUGUCGCUGGAAGAUUUCGAUCAGUAUCUGGGAAGUUAUCUUGGUGAUGAUCAGCAAAUAGCGUUGAUUCUGGACUACGAUGGAACACUGGCGGAGAUCACAUCCCAUCCAAACCUCACCUCAAUGAGUCCGGAAAUGAAACAAACAUUAGUCAACAUUGCGAACAGUGGAAAAGUGUUCAUAGCAGUAAUUUCUGGGCGGGAUGUGGAUGGCGUUAAACAAAAAAUCGGAAUAGAUAAUAUUGUUUACUCGGGAAAUCAUGGCUUGGAGGUGCUUUAUCCGGAUGGAACCCGACACAACCAGGGCAUUUCGAAGGAACUAGCCGAUAACUUCACUAAGAUGGUCGCUCAGCUAACAACAGAACUAGCUCACAACGGGGCUUGGGUAGAGAACAAAAAAGUAUCCCUUACCUUCCAUUACCGCCAGGUUGACCCAGCACUGGUACCGGACCUGGAAGCCAAGGUUAAACAUGUCAUCGAAUCGUACGGUUACCGUGCCAACAUGGCACAUGCAGCCGUGGAAGGUAAGCCUCCGAUCACGUGGAACAAAGGGCUGGCCGCCGAAUACAUCCUGAAGUCGAACUUCGAUGAGAACUGGAAAUGUCGGAAGGUGAUCUUCGCCGGAGAUGACACCACAGACGAGGAUGUGAUGAAAGCUAUCAAGGGCACCGGUAGAUCGUUUCGAGUGACGAAAAACGCGAAUAUAGCUACAAAUGCGGACUUCAUAAUUCCCUCCGUGCGUUCGGUGUACCAUUUGCUCAAGUGGAUAGAAAAUAAGGUGACUGUGUGAGUCGGAAAAAAGUAAUUUGUGUGGCGGCAGUUGAGGGUAAUAAAAUGCUUAACAUGAAAUAUUGAAUUAGGCUUACGAUAAUUGUAAUGUGCCUAAUAAAAUUUACAGUUCGUAAUGACCGUCUUAAAAGGCGGCCUUUUUUAGUAUUUUACUGAAGAACAA